AUGGCCUCUCCCCCCAAGUUGAAGUCAUCGCCUGAGAGCAUUCGCUUCUGGGUGUCCUCUAUGUUAUCCAUCGUUCCUACAAGACAGACGAUAGUAUACCCCGUUCUUGCUGGAGGAGGUCCUGGCCUUGGCGGUGCCGCUGAUUCAAGCUCGCCACCGCCACCUCCCCUCGAGAUCGUCAACACUGAUUCCGAAUCCGACUCAGAAUUUCCAUUCGUGGAAGAGUCGUGGAUCGGUCGUGGACACCAGUGGAGCGAUAGCUUACCGUCAAACGUCAAACGAGCACGUUCGCGAGCUGGUAGAGUGCCCCCGGAGAUAUCAAUCGCAUUCGUUCCAUCUUCAGCCGCAUCAGUCACCGGAGCACUCGCGCAGACGAUUUUCAACAGUGCACCCUCUUGCAUUGCACAGUCUCCAAACCUCCCGAAUUACUCCUCAUCACCUCCUCAAACUAUCCCGAAUCAUUCCUCAGAUCUUAGCAUCCACCUUCGUCGCCUUCUCUCCGCUGUUCCUCAUCGGCGAACACUCUCGGAUACGUUCAACAAUGCAUGGCUCUCCGGCGCGCGCUCACUAAAUAUCCAGGGCUUCCUCUACCCCCUCUGGUCCGUUUCCUUACUUCUGGAGCUCAAUAUAUUCACACUGCGGCGGGAUAAAUGGAACAGCGCGGUUCUGUUUCUGGACGAGGUUGAGGCGAAUGCAGUCGAUCUUGAGACAUUGGAGCUCGUAGAGGAAUGUCGUGCCACCUUCGACGUUAUACCAUUCAACUCUGUCGUUCCCACCAUCGAUGACGGUCGAACACUCCAGACCAGAGACCUUGCAGUUUUUCUUCGUAGCGGGACCUCUGGCUGGCUCACAGGCGAACUGAUUGAUGGUGGCGCUGACUACAUCCGGCAGCGUCUCCGUCCAAACUCGCAGACAGAGAUUGCGAGCACGCUGUUUCCCAUUAUAAUGCACCAGCGACGACGCUCCGACCCAGAUUUCGUGUACACAACAUCCUCUCGUGGAGCCCUCGCAGGUUUGGAGAGUCGCAUCCUUGAUAGGACCAUCAACAUCGUUUACUUCCCGCUCCAUGUUCAUGGCGGGCACUGGACUCUUCUCAGAGUCGACUUCCGCGCCUGCACAUUGGAGUAUGCCGACUCUAUGAACCACUCAGCGACCCUCCCCGACGAAAUCCGAGCUGACUUUAUUUGGUGGCUCUCUGCCGUGCUCUCCGAACGCUCCGCUCAAUCCUUCCGCGCUCGCAAACCGACAUUUGUCGUUCCAGACCAGAGUGACGGAGACUCAUGUGGUGUGGUGGUCCUUUGCACAAUCGCGUCGAUUCUCCUUCGCCUUCCUGGCUGGAAGCAGGACUUUGCUACGGGCGAACGGAUGCGGUGGUUCUUACGUUUUGCGGAGGUCUUUGGAGAGGGCGACAACGAUCUUGAUGAUGAUGACGACGACGUUCCACCCGAGCCUCCUUUGUACCGAAAGCAUCUACAUCGGCGCCGGGAUAAUAACUGUUCUAGGAGGAGCUCCAUCCCCUCCGAUUGGGACAUGUUGUCGCUGCAGUCCUGCACCGAUCCCGGCACUUCCGCAACCUCAUUGACCUCACCUCUGGCUGCGAACGACGUCUCAUCGAUGCCAGACCUGGAGACGGACCCCGACUCAGAGCCAUCAAUCGACGGCAGUAUCUCCGUACCGUCUCACGCCACCCCAUCGGUCCUCUCAUUCGACACCAUGUCCAAUUCAUCUUCACCUCCGAGAAAGCGUCCAUUCCCUGGAGAUCUGGGGCCCGAUUCCAAUACGGGCUCUACUAAGCGUAGUCGUCUGUCGUCUCAUGAUUCGACCGGCGACUCCGAUGACACUUUUUCCGACUCUCCCGAUGCACGUACGAAGGCUCCACGAGCAGCUGCAAAGCCAGGGAGCUCGUGGGUGAAGCAGAAGGCACUUCGAGACUCACUUACGAGUCAGAAGUCCUCUUUCCGUCCCUCUGAUGCGAAGCUCGCGAAGUUCCGCCAGAAGAUUCUUGAGGACGAUGCUCAUGCGGAAUUUGACGAUCAUAAUCCUCGCUGGGUUCGCUGCUCGACCUGUUCGUCCACGGUUCUCAUGCGCGUCCUUUACGACCUUCAUCACUGGCGAAUUCAUCGCAGAUCGAAGAAGUGUCGCCGUCACCAAGAGGGCAGUACUCACAGUUCUUCCCUUCUCCAACACGGCUUCUUCAAACGACCCUCGUCGACUCCUACCCCGUCUUAUCAACCAGCUACUGUAUCUGCACCCUGCCCUGGACUCACGAGCGAUCGUGAUGUUCGCAUUCGACGAUACCUCAGCAGAUCUGCGGCAGCCGGUGGUGGCGCACCUUCGCGUAUUAGGUUAGCAGCAGAGAUGUUUGGGUCAAGGUUUUCGGAGCUCGAUGAGAGGCAGAGGCAGGCGGUGUUGCGAAGAGAGAGCCAGCUGCUCCGGUGGCGCAAUAUUCAUGCGCUUGGUGCUGUCUAUGCGGUGGACUGCGAGAAGGACGUCGAGGGACGCGUCGGCGAAGAACCCCCUCCUUGUGCGAAGUGUGCUGCACUCCACCACCUCCAUCUUUUUCAAGUCGCUCUUAACCGGCCCCUUCCCGACGAGAACAACAUGAAGUUCGUUCCUCAUACUCAUCGCUCCUCCGCACUCGGCAAAUUAUACCUCAAGCACAAGGGGCUUCGCGCUCUCGUCGAGGAGGGGGAUGGUCGUUCACCAUGGUUAAAGUUUGCUCAGGGUGCGGCGGCCGGUAUUUAUGAGAAUGGUGGUAUCGUUCUCGGGAUGGUUGAGGCUCUGGUGAAGAAGAGCGAGCGCAUACGCCUCGGGAAGUCUUUGCGUAACAUGCAAUACUCCGGAGCCUUUAACGACUUCUGCAACCUGAUCGCUUCAGUAUCACCUCGAGCAUACCGAAGCUUCCGACAGCACUUUGGUGGGAGAGGCUUGCGUAGUAUUCGAGAACAUCGCGCUAAGCUCCCGCUUUUUGCUCCGGGAAUCUCUCAAGCCAACGUCGACACCGCUUCUGCUACUCUAGACAACUACCACUACCUGGGGCCCGUCGCAUUGUCAUGGGAUGAUACGGCCCUUGAGCCCGCGCUGCAAGCCUACAAGGACUCUGACGGGACUUGGCUGAUUUUGGGAGGUACUGAGGGACCCAUUUCGGUUUCGUCGCAUGAGGAGUUAGAGGCUAUCUUCGCCAAGGGAAAUAUGAAGCCUGGAGACAAGCUUCGCCUUUACGUUCUCACAAUCCCACUGGCGAAGAUCCCUCCUAUCAUUCUGGCUGCAGUUGUGCGCGGCGGUUCUGAGCGAGCCACGGAUCUCAAAGUUAUGCACGACCAGGUCAUCACUCUCCUUCAUAACGCCCACAUCUACCCGGUAUCAUUGUCUUCCGAUGGAUCUGAGGUCGAGCGAUCUGUUCAACGUAUGAUCCAUCAGUCUGCACCUGAUCUCCUGCGUUAUACCAUCGUUCACGAGCUUCCCAACUGUACUGUCAAUCUCGAGAUUCCCCUGAUCUACGACCACCCGUCCGUCAUCGUUCAGGAUUCCAAGCACGCCCUGAAGACCGCUCGGAAUCAGACUCUCACAGGCGCUCGAAUCCUCGUUCUUGGCAAUUACACUAUCCACUUCGCACAAUUGCAGGACAUGGCACAAAACCCAGCGUCCCCUCUUCAGAGCCGCGAUAUCAUCAACGUUGACAAGCAGCACGACGGCGCAGCUGCACGUUUAUUCUCAGCGGAGGCCCUCAAUUUUCAUCUCACCAACUACUCGGAACAGCGCGGUCUGGCCACAUAUCUGUUCGUCAUCGGUGAGCUCGUAGAUGCAUGGCAGAGUCGGAACAUACCCCACAUUGAACGUGUUCGCAUGGUUCUGCGGGCCCGCUAUUUCCUGAUGGCAUGGCGUACUCACAUCGCGAGGCAUCCUGACCACGACGUCAACACUCAGUUCAUCUCACGCUCAUCAUACGACAUCUUUCUCACUCUCAGCGACUCCCUCAUCUCUCUGAUCAUCACCUAUCGCAAGUUCUACUCCACCUACCCUCUACUUCCUUGGCUCCAUUCCAGCGAACCAUGCGAGCACCUUUUCGGUCUAAUUCGUCAGAUCAAACCCGACUUCAGUUAUACGGACUUUCUCUAUCUCCAGCCGAAGCUUCGAGCGCUUCUCCUUGGUGCAUUCGGCGACCUCUCAGCUGAGCAACAGGCCAAUGAAACCGCAUCCGGCUACCACCACACAUAUUUCAAGGCCGACGACCUCGAUCUGCGUUCGUUGAUGGACUAUCCGGACGAUGUGCAGCUCCACUCCAUACUGAAGUAUGCGGUCGAAGAUGUUAUCGCUCUUCUCGCCCCUCUUGGUAUCGACGGCAAGUCCAUGCUUUCGACGUAUAUCCCGCCACCAUCAUAUCUCCCCGUCCCCAUACCCUGUUCUUCAUCUUCAUCCGUCGUCCACCCCAACCGCCAGCCACGCAACCUAUACGAGCUCUUGUUCCUGUAUCAAAAUGCGAGUGUGCCUGUCGUUGUUGAAGAGCGUGUGGCGACCGUGGAGUUGGCUCUUGCUGCCGAAAGUAUCGAUGCAACCGCGAAGAUUUUACAACUUCCCGACUCGACCGAAGAGGAUGCACGCUUGGUGCGCGACUCUGUCGAGACCGCAUUGGCCUCUUGUGUUGCUACGGACUCAACCUUGAACGACGAUUCUAUCGACUUCAACAAGACUUUGACACUCAUAUCGCAGCACUCACUUGAUCGCAACCUCGUGGUCAAAGUCCGCAGACGGCAUCAGCCCAAGUCAACGACACAGGCUGUGCGCAAGGUCGGGCGCCACUCUUCUCUACUCAAUGCGCGUACCACGAACGACCAACCUUCAGCCACCCCAAGUGAACCUUCACUCCGUGAAGCGCUUCUCAAAAAACUCGCAAACCUGGUCCCUGAAGACAAAACGUCCACGGCCGGUAUCGAUCGUCGCGUUCGCCACACCGGAACAUAUACCCGCGAUAAUGUCGUGCUUUCGGUGACUCGUAAACGGAACAAGGAAACCGUUCGCGAAGUUCAUGGUCUGAAACUAAUCCGCAUGCGCGAACGUAUCUUCGCUCCGCUCAAGAUGAUCAACGAAUACCUCCACACAGCAAAUGUGUCCUCAUUGAGUCCGCUUCGUCCCGGUCUUUUACUGAUCUGCCUACAUCCUCAAAACCAUCGCAUUGUUUUUGGUGAAGUUCUCACUAUUUACACCAAGACAGGAGGCCGCAACUCACCACAUGAGUGGAUCUCGAGCCUCAAUAGUAUCGGCGAGGCGUCAUACGUGUACAUUCAAGUCUACGGCUUUUAUCCUGCACUCGGAACAGCGAUCUUAUCCUCCAUGUCCUGUCCAUCAUUGCAGUGCACGACCUUCCUUCGCAUUCCGCCAACUCACAUUAUCCUUUCCAUGGCAUCAUUUCCUGGUAUCCAACGUCAGGGGCUUACCUCGGGGAGCUCGAUCAUCACCCUCUUGAAUUUGUGCGAGGAAUCUGGUCGGACUCUGGCCAUUUUGAAGGAUCGUGAGCGGGUUUUUAGCGGGGCGAUUGACGAGUUGGCGAAGCUCAUGCGUGAGAGGGAGGAGCCUAUGAUACCACCUUCGACUCACCCCAUUUCCGAGCCUGUGGCACGAUUGUCAGUGUCUACAGCUGUUCCUGCAGAGGUAGCGGAUCAUGAGGAGUUCUCGGGUGGCGAGGAAGCAACGGAAUUUGAUGGAGCAGCGUAGAGUGUCACUAUAUCUGAAUAGUCUUUGGGCUAUGUGUGCUAGGCCCGUUUGUUUUGUCGUUAUGCGGACAAAACUACCGGAAUAGUAUGUUCGAU